AUGGCGUGUUCCCACAGCGUCGUGUUCCUGCUGGACACCGCCAGCCCGGGUCGGCGGGCGCGGCUGCAGCGCGGGGCCCUGCGGCUCCUCAACCACCUGGGCUGCCGCUUCGGCCUCCCCCGCCUCCGCUGGGCCUUCAGGUUCUUCGACUCGCUCGGAGGCCGCGGCGGGGCCUGCCGGGGGGGUGGGUUCCGCCCGCCGGGACCCCGCGCUUGGGCUCGCUUCGAGGAGGAGCUGGCGGAGAGGUUCGGGGCUCGGGGCCCCGCCGCUGUCCUGCCGGGCCCGGCGCCCCGGGCUGCCCUCACCCACAACGGCCUCAAGGAGACGCUCCUUGACUUCCAGUGGGACCGCCCGGAGAUCGCCUCCCCGGCCAAGCCGCUCCGCAGGAGCCGGAGGACGGGGCCGGCUGCCAGCGAGCCCCUGGAGAGCCAGGCGCCCCCCGAGGGCUUUGUGAACGCCGUCUUCCUUUUCUCCCCGUGCCCCCACUCGCGCAGGGACCUGCGGCGAUUCGUCUCGGGCGGUGAUGCCCCUUCCUCCCCUCGUCAGCCCCCCACAGCCCAGGAGCUGGCAGAGAAACUCCUGCCCAAGAGUGUCCAGGAGCUGCUUGCGGACCAGAAGAUCACCCUCUUCUGGGUGGACACUGCCGAGGGGUCUCAGCUGAUGGAAUCCCCAGAUCAUGUUGGGUACUGGACAAUGUUUGAACUGAUCCGCCAGGUGGGAGGCACCAUUUUGCCAUCUGAAACCUUAGUGCAGUGUUUGAGUCACCACAAGGCAGAUCUUGCCUGUGGCUUUCCUGGAGACUCAAGUUCACCAGUUCCUCAGGCUGUGCCUUGGACCAUGCUCCUGCCACUGGAUGCAGCUUUGAACUGCCUGCUCUCAAAGCCCUCUGUGUUUCAAGCAAUGUUCCCCCAGCAAGAAGGAAAGAUAUUUCUCACUCUGCCUGGAGGAGAGAAGCAGGAAAGCUGUGCUGUCAUCCUGGAACCACUAGCCAUGAGCCAAAGACAACUGCAUUGUCCAGUCAGUAUCUUCCUGAAGGGUACCCUGAGGGGAUGGAGCUUGAAUUAUGCCAGCCACUUCCUCACUGAGAGCUGGAUACUGCAGAGCCCAGGGGCUGCGCAGACACAAUGCAAUGGAUCCCUGUUCCAUCAACUGUUAACGAGUCUAGUGACUGAAGAACUGCACGUGGUUGCUGAGGUGUCUCUGUCUAAAACUUGGUGCCCCUGCACUGCUGUUUUGUCACCACUUUCUGGGAGCACUGCAGUUCUGACUGUGCUUGGUACUGAGAAGAUGGCUGAAGCUCAUCAGUGCAGCCUUGGAGGAGCUGUAGUGGAGAACUCUUCCCGAGACCAGGGGCUUUACCUCCCAGCUGUUGUGUACAGUGUGUUGAGUAGAACUGACACAGUGGUGGAUGAUUCUCUGGCCAGCAUGGCAGAAGAAACUCCUGUGCCAGAGUGGGUCCAACGGGAACUGGCCCACACAGGGGGCUGGCACCCCUCAUUGCUUGAAGCAUGGUAUCCUUCAUCAAAUGACUGUGGAGCAAGCUCAGAUCUAAUGGAGUCAUUCAGGCUCCUGCAGGUUCCAUGUGCUAAUGGGAAGGAUGACGCAGACCAAUCUCAAGUGGAACUCUCAGAGAGUCUGUCUGAACUGUACCAGAGAAAAUUCAGUGAAGGAUCUGCUGCAAUUGGACCAGGAAAUAACAAGAAAAGACGGGGGGUUCCCCGCACUCCUGUCAGGCAGAAGAUGAAGACCAUGUCCAGAUCCUUGCAGAUGCUCAAUGUAGCAAGGCUGAAUGUAAAAGCUCAGAAGUUUCAACCUGAUGAUGUGCCACCAACAGUGAAUGAGAAGGUUCCACAGAAGCUUUCAGCAAAAAGAUUGGAUGAAAAGGUAGAAGAAAAGGAAAAGGCACUGAAAAUCUCACUAGACCUCAAAACUGAGGAGGAACUGCAGUCCCAUUUAAUGGCAACCUACCAGCAGGCUGUUGCUGAGGGAGUUCUUUCAUCUGCAUGUGCCCAGCAUAUGAUCAUGGCCAUCAAAAGUUUCUUGAAAGUACAAGAUGCUAAAGAAAGAGAGGUAGCCUGUAUGGAACGAGUUAGAAACCAUCUUCUGAAAACCAGCAAAAUGCUCCGGCAGCAGCAUGGCUCACAGAAGGAGACUAAAGUCAGAGAGUGCCAACUUCAGGUAUUUUUGCGCCUUGAGUUGUGUCUUCAGUGCCCUUCACUGCAAAGCAACACUGAUGAAAUGGAGCAGCUGUUAGAAGAGGUGACAGACAUGCUGCGCAUUCUAUGUCUGACUGAAGACCCAGGGUAUCUUACAAAAUUUCUAGAGGAACUAUUAGAAUUGUAUAUGAAUUCUAUACCUAAGACCCUUGGAGAUAUUUACUACAGUCUUGGUACACAAAUACCCCCGAAGCUGGCAUCUGUUCUGCCUUCAGAUUUCUGCAGUGAUGACUCUGUGACUCUGGAUAGCAAAUCUCCAGGUGUCCCCUUGUCUUUGCCAUCUGCCUUCACUCCCAGUGCUGUUUGCCUGCGCACUGAGAGUGAUCAGCUGGAGGAGCUCCGCACACGAUCUGCCAAAAAGAGAAGGAGUAACGUGUUGGCCAGACACAGGAGCAUGACAGAAGCACCGCAGAACUUGCGUCAGAUUGAGAUUCCCAAGAUAGCCAAGAAUCCUGUCAGAAAGAACUCUCAUUCUUACCUGGCCUCUGAGAAGUCCCAACCAAUGCCUUUGUUGCAGAAAGAAGCAGUGCAAGAAGUUACAAAGGUAAGGAGGAACCUCUUCAAUGAAGAAAUACGUUCACCAUCAAAAAGGUCCAUGAAGAAGAUGCCCAGAAGCCAGUCAGUGUCUGCUGUGGAAGGCCUACGAUACAAAUGCACUGAUGAAGGCACUAAAGAUCAUCACAAGUUACUGACCAGGAGAGUUGCAGAAACACCACUACAUAAGCAGGUAUCCAGGAGACUACUGCACAAACAGAUCAAAGGCCGGUCUUCUGAUCCAGGCUGUGACAAUGGUGUUGUGGAAGAGUCUCCAGAGAAGGCUAUGAAUGAAGCAGGUUUGAGAAGAAGUCCACGCAUCAAGCAGCUGUCUUUGAAUAGGACCAACUCUGGUGUUUUCUAUUCCACCACACAGCCCAGCUCACAAGUUUCACAACGAGCCCAUCAGGGACAAGAAGCUGAGAGCUCUACACUGCAGGAUGUAGAAGGCAUUAAGCAGCAUUCAGAGAACCCCAAGGUCCAGACUCCCAAGAGGUUUUUCUUUGGUGCAGUCAUUGACUUGUGUAGCUCUGCAGUAAAGCAUUCACCUGGAAGGAGGAGAACAAGAACAGAUGCCUUCAACUCAGAGGAGCUGACUGCCUGCCAGACUCCUAGAAAAACACCUCAUAAAUUUGUCCUGAAGUCACCAAAUUCUGCUGGUAAGCUACCAAGGAGAUCACCUCGUAUUCUCUCCAGGACACCACGGAAGCUGGAGAAGACUCCUGGCAAAAGUCCAGCUGCUAAGCAGACUGCAGCUAAGUGUUUGAGAAAAUACUUUUCUGAUUCUGUACAAAGGGUCAAGUCACCAUCUGUGUUAACUGAAAGCAAGCAGGUUCAGUUACUGCAAGGAGCUUCUAAGGAUUGUUCUCCGGCAGAAAGAUUUUCCCCUCCCUGCAAAAAGGCUGACUUACAAAUACCAGAACAGGAAGGUUUUGCAGUGCUCAGUGCCUCAUCACCUCUGACAGGUUCAAAUCCAGCUGCUUCUCCUACUCCUGCUGUCCAGGAAAGAUGUUUUACAGAACUGCAAACUCCAAGACGUUCCAUGAGAUACCUCUCAAAAUUGGCAUCUCCAAUUAGUACUGGGAGGCAGAUCCUCACAAAGGAAAUUCAGUUGCAGUCAGAUCUGUUAUCUCAAGCAACCAAGAGUACUCCCAGGAAACCUGAUGAUCCAGCUUCAAAAUUAUGUACCAUCCCUCUGAGUGCAGACAUACGGCAGCUCACUGUGAGGUUAGAGCCUCUCUUCCGUUCUCCUCUCCAUGAAAGUUCUGUGAACACUGUGGCAAUCUGCUCUCCUUCCCACACACAGGCUAGGGAGUCUGACUGGGAACUUAGUGCAUCUAAACCAUCUUUUGAAAAAUCUCCAGGUAUUGCUGGCACUUCACUGAGGUCCCCACUUCACACAUCCAAGCAGGUCAAAUGUGAACCAAAUUCUGAAGGAGAGAACCUCACACCUGCAUGUACAACACCAUCUAAAAAUAAGGACAGUUUUGAUAAUGGUGGUAACUCUUCUGUACAAAGCCUCCAGCUUUGUCAGUCCCACGUUAUUGAAAAUACCCUUAUGUCAGAGGAAUUUAAACAGAUGGAUGUAGUGUCUCAAAAGUCUUUUCCAAAAGAGGACUUGGAAAACUUAGAAAAACAUUUGUCUCCAAAGUCUUCUGCUAGAUGGCAGGUACAUACACAGAAUGUUGAGGGAGAGUGUGAACAGUUGGUUAAGAAAGGGAACUCCAUUGCAAACUCCACCUCUGAGUCCUUCCUAAGUGGUUCUCAGAAAGUUACUGAUGACUUAGAACCAAGAACCCUACUGAGAGAAGAAUGUAUGGGACUGAAAGCUCCAAGUCUUAAGAGGCACUCCAGAUUUGCUCCCAAUACUUUGCCUCCUGUACCAAAGUCUCCUCCUGCUUAUUCUUUACGCUGCACUGCAGACAGGCAGCAGAGGGAGGCUGCAGCACGGAUGGGAAAUCCUCAACUUGUAUCCAAGUUCUCUACUCCUAAAAGUCAUUGCAAACCACCUGCUGGCAGCCCACCAACUUACGAAGUGGAACUUGAAAUGCAAGCCUCGGGCCUGCCCAAACUUCGCAUUAAGAAAGUUGGUUCUUGCUCAUCAUUGGAAGUUCAUCCUGAAGCAAGUGCCAGCAAACCCAAGGGAGGAGAAAGCCCCUUUGGUGAGGUUGCUGUCACCUGGUGCAGCAAGCACCCAGGGAAGCCAGCAGCUGCCUGCGUGUCACCAUCCUGCUUUCGCUCUUUCCUCAGUACACCUGGGAAAGGUGGAGGACAGACCUACAUAUGUCAGUCAUACACCCCAGCAAGCUGUGCCUCUAGCACCACCUCCCCAUCCCCCUUAGAAGCAGGAGUUCCCUGGACACCAUCUCCAAAGCAGAAGGGGAAGACUACCCCUGAUGCUAUCAAUGAUUGGCCUCGGAAAAAGAGAGCAGCAGGCAGCACUGCUAAAGCCAGCUGUGGCCAGGGAGAGAAGAAUGCUGAGGAGCAGAAGAGAAUGUCAGCAGGCAGAGAAGGAGAGGGGAACAUCUUGGAACAUUGCAGCAGCAAAGUAACCAAUACUCUUGGGGAAUUUGAACUGGAGGGGAUUUACAGGCUCCAGGAUCAGGCAUCUCCUAGUGACUCUGAGCCCAGGGCUGAUGAGGACUCUGCCAUUGGAGCUUUUGGCCUGAAAUCUCGGAAGAGAGUCUUUACCCAUCUGUCACCAGCAAGUGAGGAGGAUUGUGAUCCCAAGAGGUUUUGCACUGAUAGAUCCAACUUUGAUCCCACUGCCUUUUCUGCAGAUGAGGACAACAGAAGCAAAUCAAGGACAGACUCUGUACCUCCUGAGAAAGCAGAAGCACGUGUGCUCAUCCCUCCUGAGCAGCAUAGUUGUGUAGGGGAUGAUGAUUUCUUCCUUUUGUCAGGUUCAACUCCACCAGUGAAGAGUGUGCUGUCUGCUAGCAGCCUUCUAGCACUGACCCAGUCUCCACUGCUGUGCCAGGGACAGACACCACCAUCUCGGAGGAAACAUGUCCCAGAAGAGGAAUCUGAUGCCUUCCAAAUUCCUGCCAAUCAGGAGAUGUCUCCAUUCUAUGUUGUGGCUUCCAGGAAGCGUCCCCUUAGCAGGACUUACUCACGGAAAAGGCUGCUCAGCUGAAGUUUGGAGCCAGAACAGUGUGGGAAACUUGGUAUUAUCCCAUCUGUACAAUAUACUUUUUAACAAUGACCUUAUAUUUGGUGUUGGACUGGAGCUGUCUUAUGUUGGUAGGAGACUGGAUGCAAGCAUAUGACAGUGGAAGUCAUAUGUCUAAAAGCCUGAAAUUGUUUUUUAGCCUCAACUGCAGCAU